AUGGUGGCCGCCGCGUCCAAGAAGACGAAGAAGAGCCAGGAGAACAUCAACAGCCGCCUGGCGCUGGUGAUGAAGUCCGGCAAGUACACUCUGGGUUACAAGACCUGCCUCAAGACCCUGCGCUCGGGCAAGGCUGCGGUGGAAUCGGCAGAGGCGGUGGCGGGAUCGGCUGCAGGGUCUGCAGCCGCGGCGGCAGCACCGGCAGUGGCCGCCGCGGUCGUCGCGCUGAUCAUCGUGAGCAGCAACUGCCCCCCGGUCCGCAAGUCCGAGAUCGAGUACUACGCAAUGCUCUCAAAGACCGGCGUCCACCACUACACCGGCAACAACGUUGACCUGGGCACCGCGUGCGGAAAGUACUUCCGCGUGAGCGUCCUGGCCAUCACUGACCCCGGGGACAGUGACAUCAUCAAGACCACCGAGUGA